AUGGAUCAGAUCACGAGUACCGUCAACACCUACGUGGUUCCUCUCUUUGCUGGCGAGCAAGGAAAACGUCUUAUUCAGAAGCACCGGACAUCGAUUGCUGCAGCUGUGGCCUUGAUCAGCACCUACGCCAUUUUCAGAUCCAUCACACAAGUGCCUCGUCAACUCAAGCAUUUGCCCCACCUUGGAUUUUUCGAUUACAUCAAAGCCGUCGUUGCCGGUAAAUCGAUCAAUGAUAUUGCUCAAGAGCUUACACUUCCCGCUGUUAAGCGAUCGAAGAGUGGCCUCUAUGUUCGAUUUGACAAAGACGGCUGGGCAGUUCAUAUCGUGGACGCUCUCGCAGCCAAAAAGUUUUUACUCAAAACAGAUAUUUUCCCAAAGACUGAAAAUACAAUGCAAGAUGGCCAGCUUUUUCGUCGUGUCAUUGGACCUCGACAUAUCUUUAACCUUAGUGGUAAUGAGUGGAAGACACAUCGCAAGGUGGCCAAUCCUGCAUUCCAUCGAUCAAUGCCUAUCAACAUUUUUGGUCGAGUCACUGAGAAGCUAUUCAAGGUGAUGGAUGAUGAAUCGCAAUACGGCCCAAUCGAAAUCCACAACUAUACAAUAAGAUGGGCGCUCGAUGCACUUGGAUUAGCCGCAUUUGAUUUCGAUUUCAAUGCUGUUCAAGACAAAGACAAUGAAUGGGUUUCUCGUUACAACACGGUCACGACUUCUGCUUUUGAUAUGAAAUACCUCGUGUUCCCGAGUUUGGAUACUUGGCUUCUUCCAUUCAACCCAUCGCGUAAGCAGAAGCAUGCCGAAGCUGACAAGUUGCUUGGCAUGAUCGAUCAAAUCAUCCUUGAGAAACGCAAGACGCUGCAAAACAAGUCAUUCACCGCAACCGAAAAACAAGAUGGAGAAAAGGAUUUACUUACAAUGAUGAUCGAAGCUGAGAAUUCAGGCGAAGGCGUUCUUACCAACCAAGAGCUUCGCAGCAAUGUUGUCGUAUUCCUUAUUGCUGGCCAUGAAACAGCAGCAGACUCUUUGGCUACGGUGAUCUACGAAUUAGCCGUGAACCAGGAUGUGCAAGCCAAAGCUCGCCAAGAAGCAAUCCAAACAUUAGGCGAAGCACCUGAAAAUAUUGUGCCCACUGCAGAGCAAGCACAUGAUAUGGCGUACAUCAACAUGAUCAUCAAAGAGAAUCUCAGAAUACAUCCUCCAGCACCAGGCACCGCAACUCGCACCACACAAAAAGACACAGAGCUCGCAGGAACAUUCAUUCCUAAAGGCACUCGCGUAACAGUGGAUAUCCACGAGAUGCACCACAACCCUGACAUUUGGUCCAACCCCGAAGAAUUUAAGCCUGAGAGAUUCAUACCCGGUGGAGAAGCUGAUCAACUUGCAGAAAAGGGCAUGUCUUGGUUGCCAUUCGGUAACGGCGCUAGACAAUGCAUAGGUAUGAACUUUAGCUUGACAGAACAACGUGUCUUCUUGCCCAUGUUAUUGAGAAAGUAUGAGUGGCAUCUUCCUGAGAACUCUAUUCACAAAGACAAAUUGGUCACCGGAAGAUUAUCAAUACUCACUAGCCCAAAGGAUCUUCAAGUUGUGUUUAAGCGUCGCUAUUAA